AGUUAUGAUUCGUAUUCCAAAACACGUAGGUUAUAAUCAUUCCAAUGUUUUUAAUGACUGCUUGAACGAUUCUCAACAUUGUUAUGUUUCAUGUAUUUGCGAUAGUGUGUGUAAAAACCAAAGAAGCUGCUCUGAAAGAUAUGCGAAGGUGGCUUGACAAUCGUCUUUGAAAAAAUUACUUUUUGUAUGGACAAACGCCUGCCGAUAACAAAAAUUUCCUCGAUGACAGUUGUGGGCUACAUUUCGACACCGAAGUUAAAUAUUUGAUCAGUUUACGAUGGAGGCGGAUGAUAAAAUAGGGAUGGGGGCCAAAAUCGAGGCAGUCACUUAUGUUUUUGGUUCCGAUCAGGAGAAGAAGAUGCUCGGCCGCGAGGCUUCAGGGUUAAGGACGAAGCUCUGGCAGGUCUUGCCGGUGGCGUGCGCAUCUUUGUCUUGCCUGCCGUUCGGACUCAUGUUGGGAUGGCCCUCCCCAACGAACCCUAUCCUGCUGAAACCAGAUUCCGUCAUCCCGAUUUCCAUCGAUCAAAGUGCCAUGAUAGCAGGUUUUCUGAUGAUAGGAAACACUCUGGGAACCCCACUUUCAAGGAAAUGUUUCAUCGAAUCGAAAUACGGCUUACUUCUUGGCAUAACCUUCAUGACCUUGGGCUGGUUCCUGAUGUGGCAAGCGAGAGACAUUUACUGGCUCCUCGGCAGCAGACUUCUAGUAGGCUUCGGAAAUGGUUAUGGUGUCGGACAACUGAAGAUCUACAUCAGCGAGCUCUGCGACGAUGGCCUAGCGACCACGCUCACGAAACAGAUCAACCUGUACGUCUGCGCGGCAAUGGUAGCCGUUUUCUCCUUCGGUCCGUUCCUCGACUUCGGGCAGACGUCCUUCAUCGCCCUGAUGACAUCUAUAGUCGUGUUCUUCCUGUUGAUGCUCCUACCAUCGACUCCGGUGAACCUGGUGAAAGCCAAGCAGGCGGGAAAGCUAAUCUCCUUCCUCAGACCCAGCACUAACACGUCAGAGGGGGUUAAUAAGAUCGUCAGGGAUUUGGGCCUGCAGAAGAAGAAGGAGUUCGGUUUGUGGGAGAUUAUCCGCGACGGAGCGUUGUGUAGACAGUUCCUGAUAUUCGCGUUCUUAGUUUUUUGUCAGCAGUGGAGCGGAGCGCCAGCUACUUUGACCUACGCGCAGAUCAUGUUCGAUCGCUCGCGCUGCCCGCACGCUCCGUUCCUGGCUAUUGCCUACGCCGCAACGUUCUUCGUCGCCACCUGUUUGGGCUUGUAUUUCGCGCCCAGGUUCGACAAGCGCAAAGUAUUACUCCUUUCUAGUCUCAGCGUUAUUUUUCUGACGGCAGCGAAGGUAUGCGUCAUCUUCUUCCGGCUAAACGAGACUUACUGGAGCUACAGCUCCGUUCCUGUGAUGUUUGUAUAUAUAGUCACGCAUACUGUCGGUUUGGGCAGUUUGCCCGUUACGCUUAUCGGGGAUCUCUUCCCGAAAGAGUGUCGUAUAGCAAUUACGCACUUUUUCGUUAUGUUCCAUUCCAUGCUGGCGCUGAUCGUCACCAAGGUUUUUCAGGUGCUGAUCAGUCGGUACAACGUAGGAGUCGGCUUUUGCCUGUUUUUUGGCGUGAGCGUUGUGGCUUUUAUUUUUAUUUAUUUCUUUUUACCUAAGAAGACUGAACAAACGAAAAGUAUUAAUAUAUUUGUUGCAAGUAAGGACCAAUUUAAAUAAAAUCAUUACUUUGUU